AACAUUUGUUUCCUCUGUGGUGUGGUUAUGUUUUUUAAAUUGUAUUAGGCAAAUGAGAGAAUUUACUUAUCCACCUGUGUUGAAUCUGUAUGUCUUUAUUCUUCAUGUAAUUCCAAUGAGAUUCUCUCUAGCGCAAUAAAGCACGACUGCUUAUAUUUCUCGAAUAUAAAGGUAAACAUCACUCCAAGGAGUCAUGCCGAAGACACCUAAGAAAAUAAGAUUCGCACUGGAUGACUACAAAUCUGAAACUGUUUUUACAAAAUUAUCGUCCACUAAAAAAGACAAAUCAAAAAAGAAAAAGAAAUCUGUACGUAUUGAUGAGGAUUAUGAACCCAGUUCCAACAUUACCAAGGAAUCAAAAUCAAGAACACCAACACCAUAUAAAUCGAGAAGUUCUAAAAAAAGAAAAUUGGUGGUAUCUUAUAGUAAUGAAUCUUUUCAGGAAGAUUCAGCACAUUUCAUUUCUCCUUCAAAAUCAGAAUUACCUGAAAUCAUUAGUGAUGGUGAAGAAAGUAGUAAUUCAUUUGAUUUCGAUGAUUUCUUUUUUUCACGGGACCAUAGCUUGAACGACUCAAUCACUGAAGCUCACUCUGGAAUAGACUAUGAACUUAUUAGUGAGGGAAUGAGAAAAGCUAACAUUUGUAGAAAACAAGUAUCUGUUUCCUCAGAAAAUAUCAGUAAUGUGAAACAAGUACGAAAUGCAGCAGAAGAUAAAAAAAUCGUUUCAAACAUCAAUGUUUCUGUUCAAGUAGAUGUAAACGAAUUGAAUAACAGGUUAAACGAAUUGAAUAACAGGUGUAUUGAAGAACCUAUUUUAGAUAAUCCACCAAACGAAUAUGAACAAAUUAAAAAUACGUUGGUAGAGGAUGCCAUUCCUUCUAAUUCUAAUGUUAACAAUACAUCAGAGGGUACUAGAAAAAAGGGUAGUCGAAAGAAAGUAGCCCAAUAUUAUAAAAUGAAAGAUGAACAAAUAGUACUGUUGAAAAAAAAUUGUUCUUUACCCUUCUUUGGUUUGUUCACAUUGAAAGUUAUUCAUGGAAGUAUUGAAGUACUUGGCUGCGUUCGAAAUAAACAUUCUAAGGAAAUCAACCUUUAUUCUCCAAGAGGUUCAGCUUUGCUCGUAAUAAAAAAUGUCACAGAAAAGGAUGAGGAAUGCAUCCCGCCAAUGUUCUCAAAUUUGAACGUACUCAAUGGAUUAAAAGACUUCGUCGACAGUGAAUGUGUUGCAAUUUUCAAAUACAGUGAAUUAGAUGAAGACUGGUUGAGAUGCACCGAGAAUCAUAUUGCACAACAAAUAUUUCCCAGAUUCGACGAUAACAGGCCCCGAGUUGAAUUUGAGCCAGAAGAUGACUGGAACGUAGUGUCUGAAAGCCCUUUGUGGGAUGUGGUUCUGAGUUCCGUUGAUACUUCAACAAAAUUAUUAGUAACUGGAGGGAAAGGCGUUGGAAAAAGUACAUUUAUCAAAUAUUCUAUAAAUCGAUUAUUGAACCGAUAUGAUAGGAUAAGAGUUAUCGAUCUGGAUCCUGGUCAGUCUGAAUUUACCGUCCCUGGUUCCAUUUCUGUUCUCACUGUAACAGAACCAAUUUGUGGACCAAAUUACACCCAUCUCAGGAGACCUGAUAGGUCAUACCUUUCCAGUAUCACUGUAGAUGAUCUUCCAAAUUACUUCAAGACCAUAAAAUUACUCUUGGAGGAAUUAGACACCAAGCAAAAUAUUCCUACCCUGAUAAACUACAUGGGAUUCACUCAGGGUGUCGGCUUAAAAAUUGUCUCAUCCGCUAUAGCUUACAUCGUUCCCACAGACGUGGUUCAAAUUUCGAGUCAGUCCUCCAAGAAAAACUUUAAAGAAAAGCUGUCACCGAAUACCGCGAGGAAGUACUGUUGUUUUUUCGAAGGAGAUCCAUCAAAUAUAAACUUCAAGUUGCAUGAGUUGCCUUCGAUGAAUGAUAAUAAUACUGGGUGGACUGUGGGAUCCAGGCAAGCACGGGAAAUGUGUGUUUUGAGUUAUGUGGGACGAAUGAUGACCAGGGGUGUCAACUCUUUGACAAGAUGUGAAAAUUCAAUGUACAAGAUUGGUUUAGAUUCCAUAAAAAUAGUCGAUGAAGAAGGAUCAGAGACGUGUCCUGCAGCAGUUAAUACAAAUUUGGUAGCUCUGUGUUCGAUGGAUACAACUUCCAAGAUAUUUCGUUGUAUGGGAUAUGGGAUAGUUCGCGGGAUAGACUUAACCAGUAAUAAUCUGGUUUUGAUGACACCGGAAGCAAAAGAAGUUCUGGAGGAGGUGUAUUAUUUGGUUACAAAUAGCGUUUACUUGCCUCCAUCCGUUUAUAUGUCUCCGGAUGAAAUUACAGGAAAUAUUCCUUUCGUACAAGAGGCUGAACUGGAGUAUCUGGCACAAAUCACGAAAAGAUCAUAUAUUCCUGUAAAUAAAAAGUGAAUAGAAUCUUUGAAUAAUGUUUGUUA